GGAGAGGGAGAAGGAGAGAGGGGCAGAGGAGAAGGGAGAGAGGGAGAGCAUGCAAGACAGGAAGGAGCGCUUUAGAGUCUCUGAAGCACGAAAGAGAUAACCGAUUAGGAAUUUUUCAGACAGCUGUCAUCCCGGAGAGCAGCCAGAGAAUCACCAUCACCCCAACUCCGACGUUUCCUACAAGAAGUUAGAGACUUAAGCAGUAUUGACAUCGGAGGGAAAUGGUAUGCUUGAUGCUGUGGAAAAUACCCCAGAGCUGAAGAAGUGCAACUGGAUGUUGUGUGUGUGUUAAAUACCAGAAGAGCCCAGACCCCGUGGGUAAUAGAGACGAAAUGUGGAGAGAAUGACUAACGACAAAUCUGUGAAUUUGUUCUCUGGAGUUGCUAAUUUGCCAGCCCGAAGCAACACAUUUUACAAGGAGGAGACGUUUUGCUGCUUCUGAUUUCUCCCCAAACUGGUGCUACCAGAUGCAUGGCUUUCUAUGUGUUGGAACAAAUCAUUCUUAACUGCAGCAUACCGGGAAAGGGGAAAGGUUGAGGCAACUAACUGGCUGUCUCCAAAUAAGCGAUGAGAUGUAAUGCAUCCUCCAGUCCAUGCACACUUCCUCUUGCAAUUCGUGCAUCAUUCCUCAGUGGAAACCAUUAAACCCUAAAAUCUGGGAAAAGAAAAUAAGUACAUUAUCAUGGACCUGAGGGAUUUUUACCUGUUGGCUGCUCUGAUUGCCUGUUUAAGGCUGGAUUCCGCAAUAGCUCAAGAACUUAUUUACACUAUUAGAGAGGAACUGCCUGAAAAUGUGCCCAUAGGAAACAUACCAAAGGAUCUGAACAUUUCUCACAUCAAUGCUGCCACGGGGACCAGUGCCAGCCUCGUCUACAGACUGGUUUCUAAAGCUGGGGAUGCCCCUUUGGUGAAAGUAUCCAGUAGCACUGGGGAAAUUUUCACAACCUCCAAUAGAAUAGACAGAGAAAAACUCUGUGCUGGAGCCUCUUAUGCUGAGGAGAAUGAGUGUUUCUUUGAACUUGAGGUAGUGAUCCUCCCCAAUGAUUUUUUCAGGCUGAUCAAAAUAAAAAUAAUUGUCAAGGAUACCAAUGAUAAUGCCCCCAUGUUUCCAUCUCCUGUCAUCAAUAUUUCCAUUCCAGAAAACACUUUGAUCAACAGCCGCUUUCCAAUUCCAUCGGCAACAGAUCCUGAUACAGGCUUCAAUGGUGUACAGCACUAUGAAUUGCUAAAUGGGCAGAGUGUUUUUGGGCUGGAUAUCGUGGAAACUCCGGAGGGAGAGAAGUGGCCACAAUUGAUUGUUCAGCAAAACUUGGACAGAGAACAGAAAGAUACCUAUGUGAUGAAAAUCAAAGUAGAGGAUGGAGGCACUCCACAGAAAUCCAGCACGGCCAUACUGCAGGUCACAGUAAGUGAUGUAAAUGACAACAGGCCAGUGUUUAAAGAGGGUCAAGUGGAGGUGCACAUUCCAGAGAAUGCUCCUGUAGGCACCUCUGUAAUUCAGCUCCAUGCCACUGAUGCAGAUAUAGGCAGUAAUGCUGAAAUCCGGUACAUUUUUGGUGCCCAGGUCGCCCCUGCAACCAAAAGACUCUUUGCUUUAAAUAAUACUACUGGGCUGAUUACAGUUCAGAGGUCCUUAGAUCGAGAGGAGACAGCCAUUCACAAAGUGACAGUGCUGGCUAGUGAUGGCAGCUCCACCCCCGCUCGAGCAACGGUUACCAUCAAUGUCACUGAUGUCAAUGAUAACCCUCCUAACAUAGACCUCAGGUACAUCAUAAGUCCCAUAAAUGGCACAGUGUAUUUAUCUGAGAAAGACCCUGUCAAUACAAAGAUUGCCCUAAUUACAGUUUCAGAUAAGGACACAGAUGUGAAUGGCAAAGUGAUCUGUUUUAUUGAAAGAGAGGUCCCAUUUCAUUUGAAGGCAGUGUACGACAACCAAUAUUUGUUAGAGACCUCCUCUUUGUUGGACUAUGAGGGCACCAAAGAAUUCAGCUUUAAAAUUGUGGCCUCCGAUUCCGGGAAGCCCAGUUUAAAUCAGACUGCCCUGGUAAGGGUUAAGCUUGAGGACGAAAAUGACAACCCACCAAUUUUCAACCAGCCUGUAAUUGAGCUGUCAGUUUCUGAAAACAACCGACGUGGGUUAUACUUAACAACUAUUAGUGCUACAGAUGAAGACAGUGGGAAAAAUGCGGACAUUGUUUAUCAGCUUGGGCCGAAUGCCUCCUUCUUUGAUCUGGACCGAAAGACAGGAGUUUUGACAGCCUCCAGAGUCUUUGACAGAGAAGAACAAGAACGAUUCAUUUUUACAGUAACUGCCAGGGACAAUGGGACCCCUCCCCUCCAAAGCCAAGCGGCUGUGAUAGUUACUGUUCUGGAUGAGAAUGACAAUAGCCCCAAGUUUACUCAUAAUCAUUUUCAAUUUUUUGUGUCUGAGAAUCUGCCAAAGUAUAGUACUGUGGGGGUAAUCACAGUGACAGAUGCAGAUGCUGGAGAGAAUAAAGCUGUGACUCUUUCCAUUCUAAAUGACAAUGAUAAUUUUGUGUUGGAUCCCUAUUCUGGAGUCAUAAAGUCAAAUGUCUCAUUUGAUAGAGAGCAGCAGAGUUCCUACACUUUUGAUGUCAAAGCCACUGACGGAGGACAACCACCCCGCUCCUCUACUGCAAAAGUCACCAUCAAUGUCAUGGACGUCAAUGACAAUAGCCCUGUUGUCAUUUCUCCACCUUCCAACACUUCUUUUAAGUUGGUGCCCCUCUCGGCCAUUCCUGGCUCUGUGGUAGCGGAAGUUUUUGCAGUGGACAUUGACACUGGGAUGAAUGCUGAACUGAAGUAUACAAUUGUGAGUGGGAACAACAAAGGCUUGUUUCGGAUUGAUCCAGUAACAGGUAACAUCACUCUGGAAGAAAAGCCGGCACCCACUGACGUGGGUUUGCACCGUCUGGUGGUCAACAUAAGUGACCUGGGGUACCCGAAGUCUCUGCACACGCUUGUGCUUGUUUUUCUCUACGUUAACGACACUGCUGGGAAUGCCUCCUAUAUCUAUGACUUGAUUCGCAGGACUAUGGAGACCCCACUGGACAGGAACAUAGGGGACAGUAGCCAACCCUAUCAAAACGAAGACUAUCUCACCAUCAUGAUUGCCAUUGUUGCAGGUGCCAUGGUGGUCAUAGUCGUGAUCUUCGUCACCGUCCUGGUGCGCUGUCGCCAUGCAUCCCGGUUCAAAGCAGCUCAGAGGAGCAAGCAAGGUGCUGAAUGGAUGUCCCCAAACCAGGAGAACAAACAAAACAAGAAAAAAAAAAGGAAGAAAAGAAAGUCUCCCAAGAGCUCUCUUUUGAACUUUGUUACAAUCGAAGAGUCCAAACCUGAUGAUGCAGUUCACGAACCUAUCAAUGGGACCAUAAGCCUGCCGGCUGAGCUGGAGGAGCAAAGUAUAGGAAGAUUUGACUGGGGCCCAGCCCCUCCAACAACCUUCAAGCCUAACAGCCCUGACCUGGCCAAGCACUACAAAUCGGCUUCUCCACAGCCUGCUUUUCAUCUUAAACCAGACACUCCAGUUUCCGUGAAAAAGCAUCAUGUGAUUCAGGAACUCCCUUUGGACAACACCUUUGUCGGGGGUUGUGACACCCUUUCCAAACGCUCUUCCACUAGUUCAGAUCACUUCAGUGCCUCAGAGUGCAGUUCCCAAGGAGGCUUCAAGACAAAGGGCCCCUUACACACCAGACAGUGUAACUCACACAGCAAAAGUGACAAUAUUCCUGUCACUCCUCAGAAAUGUCCCAGCUCUGCGGGUUUCCACAUUCAGGAGAAUGAAGAAAGCCAUUACGAGUCGCAGCGCCGCGUUACGUUUCACCUCCCCGAUGGCUCCCAGGAAAGCUGCAGUGACAGUGGUCUAGGAGACCACGAGCCGGUGGGUAGUGGCACCCUGAUCUCACACCCUCUUCCUCUGGUUCAGCCACAGGACGAAUUCUACGACCAGGCCUCUCCGGACAAGAGGACUGAAGCAGAUGGCAACUCUGACCCCAACUCUGAUGGGCCUUUGGGUCCCCGAGGAUUAGCUGAAGCUACAGAGAUGUGCACUCAAGAGUGCUUGGUUUUGGGUCACUCUGAUAAUUGCUGGAUGCCUCCUGGCUUGGGUCCAUAUCAACACCCUAAAUCUCCUCUCUCAACGUUUGCACCCCAGAAAGAAUGGGUCAAGAAGGACAAGCUUGUGAAUGGGCACACCCUUACCAGAGCCUGGAAAGAAGAUAACAACAGGAACCAGUUCAAUGACCGUAAGCAGUAUGGCUCCAAUGAAGGCCAUUUCAACAAUGGCAGCCACAUGACAGACAUUCCUCUGGCAAAUCUGAAGUCUUAUAAGCAAGCAGGAGGUACUAUUGAGAGUCCGAAGGAGCACCAACUCUAAAAAAAAAAAAAAAAAAAAAAAAAAGGCUAUAUGGGACCUAAUAACUUUAAUCUAAAUAGACAUGCUAAUACCGUGUGUGUCAGAGCUUUAUGUAUUCAAUAGAUCUCUAUAACUAUGCCCCUUUAUAGCAGGGAUAUCCAUAACUUUGUGUUAGCACCAUGGAGGAUACAAUAUUUUACAAUAUAAAAGAGAAGAUAGUUCUACUAGCCAUGUGAUCUUGUUUACUAGAAUUGAUUAAACUCUCCGGAGAUCACUCCAUUGUGCAAAUAUCCUUUUUGUUUUUUGUUUUUUAAUUGAAUUUUACU